CUAUCGGAUCAAUCGUUUGAAAAGCUCCGCGGGAACAAAAUCAUGCGUUACUACAUUGUGCUAUUAUCUUUCUGUUUGUUGGCGUGGGCACAUGCUGAAGAAUUAUACGACGAUAAAUACGAUGACAUCGACAUAAACGAGAUUUUGUCAAACGAACGUUUGAGAGAGCAGUACUAUAAAUGCUUCAUGGAUACGGCGCCGUGUGUCACGGCGGAUGCUGUAUUCUUUAAAGCAAAUCUACCUGAGGCGGUCGCAACGCAAUGUAAGAAGUGUACUGAGAAACAGAAGAAUACGUUUGAUGUGAUGGCAGAUUGGUACAAUAAGAAUCAGCCCGAUAAAUGGACUGCUUUUAUAGAACGGAUGGUGAUCAAUGCGAAGAAACCGAAUAAGAGAAGUGCAUGAGAUUCCAUGGAUUUUGUGUUUAGUAGUAGUAAACGAUUAAACGUUAAUUAGUGUGCUAGACCCGGAUGGUACCAUGUUCGAUUCUGUAACAUUGUGAAAUAUAAAAACAUCGCAAAAGAA